GGGUCGGGUUUGCAAUUCAACAGCACUGCGGAAGCGGAGAAAAUUGUGUCGCCACAGCGGACGGGCCAAACAAUAAGCCAGCGUAGUAAUAUCGACUUCACCGCCCUCGAUAUACUAUAUAUAUAUAUAUAUAUAUAUAUAUAUAUUAUAGAUGAUAUUCUCCACAGCCAGCGGCAACUGCACAUAAGUUGCAACAAGCAAAGUAACAACAACCACUAAAAAAAAAUCGUAACAAAAAAGGUAGAAAAAAGGUAGAAAAAAUAAACAACACAAUAUUGUAAGCGGGCUGAAAGGCGUUGCCAGAUUGUUGGCCAACAACAACGACGACAGAAACAACAGUAACAACAACAACAACAACAACAACAGUUAACAACGCCACAACAAUAGCCUAAAGGGCCAAAUGAACGUUGUUGGCUAGUCCGUCUGUCGCCCGCUUGGUGGCGCUAGUUACUACAAUAACAACAACUACAACAACAACAACGCUGCGUGCUGCUGCUGGAAAUCCUGUCGCUAAUUAGGCUUAUCUUUUUCAGGGGGUUCGCGUGGUGCGCUCAUAUGCAGACUGAAGGCGAUUGAGGACUCCAUUGAACUGGCUGCCGGGUUAAAUUUGUUGUCAUAACAUGGGCUGCGUCUUUGAAGCGGCCAAAGAGCAGCCCCACAAACCGAGACGCAAGCAACUGAGGCGCAACCAAUGCCGUGGCAGAGCAGCAGCAGUGCCGGGGACCAGGGGCAAGAACGCUGCCAGAGCAAACGAGAAGCCAGCUGAGGACAUCAAAAUCAAGGAUAACUAUCAACAAAACCAUAAAACGCAAACGCCAACCGAAACCGAAACACAAACGCAAACGCAAACCCAAACGCAAACGCAAACGCCAACGCCAACAGAAGCCCAAGCACAAUCAGAGGCCGAAACAGAGGCAGCAAGUGGGCCCAAACAUCUAAAAGCGACGGCUCAAGUGCUUUUAACGAUACGACAGGCACGUCAGGAGAAGAGCCAGCCCGGUAGUCAAGUGGCUGGGGCGCACAAGGAUAACGGCGAGGACGCGUUGGCGACGCAGGGAUCCAUUGCCGAUACGACUGCCCGGAUCGGAAUCGAUAUUGCGGCCGCACGGAGGCCACAGCCAGUCGCCGAGCGGGAUGAGGACGACCAGCGUCGGCAGCACCAUGUCCAUGUCCGCCGGCGGAGGCGCCAUGUGGCAACGUCCCAGUCGCCAGCCACAAAUGCUGGCAUCUCAGCGCUCUCCCUGCAUUUCCAUGCCCUCGCCGCCCUAGCGAAAACGCUGCAGUGGCAGGACGAGAGUGCGCCCCAAGAUCGCCAGCCACUAGCCUACCGCCAGUGGCAAGGACAUGCCUACGCCGAGGGCCCGCUGCCCAUUGUCGCCAAUGUCGGCGCCACGGCAGCGGCCACCUCGGCGGCCGCCUUCCAGUAUCUCGGCCAGCACUACAAGCACUACAGCCAGUCGAUCAGCUUCUAUGCCGCCUCCAGCGUCAUCCUGAUGCUCUGCUACCUGACCACCGCGUCCACGGCAGCAACCACGCAGUCGGAGACGGGUGUCCUCGACAAGCAUCCCAUUCAUGGCAUCGAUUGGUCGAAAUUCGACGAGUCCAGUUCGGAUAAGGAGAUAUUAGAUUUACUGCUUGAAAAGAAGCGCUACGAUAAACGAUUACUGCCGCCUGUAAAUGAUGAAGACUUUUGCUGUGGCUUGCAAUCGCCCGAUAUGGCAACUAAUCAAAAUGCACGGAGGCCACACAAUCGCGGCACUCUGACAGUGAACGUGAAUGUUCUGCUCCUGAGCUUAGCAUCGCCCGAUGAAAGUAGUUUGAAAUACGAGGUGGAAUUUCUGCUGAACCAGCAGUGGAACGAUCCGCGACUGCAGUAUGGCAAUAAGUCGCAUUAUGACUUUUUAAAUGCUCUGCAUCAUCAUGACAGCAUCUGGACGCCGGAUACGUAUUUCAUUAUGCAUGGCGAUUUCAAGGAUCCCAUCAUACCAAUGCAUUUCGCUUUAAGAAUAUAUCGGAACGGGACCAUUACGUACGCAAUGAGACGUCACCUGAUCUUAUCCUGCCAGGGAAGUCUUCAUAUAUUUCCUUUCGAUGAUCCAAAGUGUUCCUUCUCCAUGGAGAGCAUUUCCUACGAGGAGGCCCAAAUCAAAUACGUCUGGAAAAACGAUGAGGACACUCUGCGGAAAAGUCCUUCGCUGACCACACUAAAUGCGUACUUGAUCAAAAAUCAAACAACGGCCUGCGAUCAGAAUAGCUGGAGAGGGAACUACAGCUGUCUUAGGGUCGAUUUAAUCUUUACCAGAGAUCGUGCAUUCUAUUUCACCACCGUUUUUAUACCCGGCAUUAUAUUGGUGACGUCGUCCUUUAUAACUUUCUGGCUGGAAUGGAAUGCCGUGCCAGCUAGAUCGAUGAUAGGCGUGACAACAAUGCUGAAUUUCUUCACUACCUCGAAUGGUUUCCGGAGCACUCUGCCGGUUGUUUCCAAUUUGACGGCGAUGAACGUGUGGGACGGCGUCUGCAUGUGCUUCAUUUACGCCUCCCUACUGGAGUUCGUCUGCGUCAAUUAUGUGGGGCGUAAGCGCCCCCUGCACAACGUCGUCUAUCGGCCCGGCGAGAAUCCCGUAACACAGCGUCUUCCAGCAGUACUAAGCAGGAUCGGAGUAAUUCUUGCAAGUCCUUUGGCAAGCGCCGCGGCCACGCCGGCCAUGUCGAUGAUGGGCGGUGCCACGCCCAUGUCCAGCGGCACCCCGGCCGCCUCCUCCUCGGUGGCCACGCCCGGAACGCCGAGGACCACCGAUCCGGAGGAGUUCUUCGGCGGUGGCAUGCGUUGGCAGGAGGCGCAUGGCGGCAUCAUUGGAGCUGCGGUUCACAAUCUCCGGGCACGUUCUAUAAAACGGAAGGCGGCCAGAAGUCCCUCCACUUCUGUGUCCCCCAAUCCCAGUGGACUGCCGCCAACCACUGAGCACAUAUACGAGGAGCCGGGCGGAGCCACUUCCGGUGCCAGCAACACGAAAGUCAAGUUCAAGGACGAGCUGAAGGAGGAGGUGAAGGAGGAGCCGGAGGCGAAGGCGGAAUCCUUGGCCCUCCGUCGAUCGGUGGCCACCAGCACACCCGCCCUGGUGGUCCGGAUCGAGGCUGAGACCGAUCUGGAGGCGGAACCAGCCAAGGAUAUGGAAAUGACCGAACGCCAGUUGCCACUGCCGUUGAAACCACCGCGCCGCAAGGCCUCGCGAUCCAAUUCACCCGCCUCGGUUUACGGCGAAUGCAGUGCCACGGAUGCGUUCGGAAAUGCGGAAGCUACAGGCGAGAAACGACGAGACGCCGGUGCCCCGAACGAAAUCGUGGCCUGCACCACCUGCGGCGGCAGCAACAGUCCGUGCACCCAUUCUGCGAACAAUGGCUGUGCCACGGAGACCUGCUUCGUUCAAGUGCGGAAAAAAGAGCCACCUCAUCCGAUUCGAGUGGCCAAGACGAUCGAUGUCAUCGCUAGAAUUACAUUUCCAACUGCUUAUGCCAUUUUUCUGAUAUUCUUCUUUGUACACUAUAAAGGAUUUUCGUAAAAUUAAGCAAACACACUAAAAACAAUGCAUAAACAUACAUAUAGAUACUUGAACACGCUAAAUUGCCGAAGCAAAGCCAGAAAAGCAAACUCGAACGGCGUGAAAAUGCAUAACUCGUAAAGUAUUUUGUAGAGAACCAUGCAAACUGACUUGAAAACUCGUUUGCUAAUUUUUAGGGCCUUGCAAAGUCAUAUAAUUUUAAUGUAACAAAGGGAAACACAAAGUACAUCUAGUUAUUCAUUAACGAUUAUUUAAAUGGCAACAACAUGACAAAUCCAGUGAUAAAAACGUCAAAAUGAAAAAAAUUAGUUUAAACUGAGUUGUUAACGGGGAUAAAACCAAAAUGAAUAAGUUGUUAAUAAUUAA